UCUCACACGGAUUUUGUGACGGCAAACCGGGAAAUGAAACUGAAAAAAGGUUUGCAAGGUCCGUGACUUGGAGACAGUAAGGACUGUAGAUGCUGGAAGCCCGGAAUGUGGACUUUCCUGCUCCUGGAGUGCUCUGUGUGUGUGUGUGCUUUUCCAGCCUCGCGUCUAUUGACUCUUGGCAACGUCAGUUUCGGCUUGGCUGGCUUUAAUUCUGCCGGAGGCUUUCUGUGAGUGUGUACGGGCAAGAAAUUGUACAUAACGUGUAAAGCUCUUCCUCCCUGUUGCUGAGGGAAAUAGCCAAGGAGCUGCGUUCGGAGGAGGGGGAAGCUGAGAGACAGUGCUGCCUGGGCUGAGGGGAUAAAGCCUUUCACGGGGACCGAGCCCCCCGCCCGCUGACAUGUGCAGAGAGAACGGGCAGUUCUCUCCAGGAACAUCCGAGACACCAGCAGGAGCUGAAAAUUUCCUGUAAAACCCACCAGCAGCUGCUGUCCGAGGAUUCCAAAACCCACAGGAUCGUCCCUGUCCAAGAGGCUGCCGAGGAGCUGAUCUAUCCGGUUUACAGACUCGAUGUCAGCACAAUUAAUGGAUAUGCCCCAUUCUCAGCAGGAAAUGCUGCAAACUUUAUUAAAUCCACUCCAGAAGAAGAAGACGGAAUAUAGUACCUCAAAGAGGACCUAUGAGAGAAGGUUAGCUUGCAUUAAGCAGCAAAUAAACGAGGCAGAGCAGCAUGUGAAGAAAGAGUUUGACAAACUUCACCAGUUUCUCUAUAGGGAGGAGAAAACUGCCUUGCAGAAACUGAAGCAGGAAAGGAAGAGAAAGAGCCAGCUGGUGAAGAGAAAGAUUGAUAAGAUAACUGAAGAAAUAGCAGCGCUGUCCUUCACCAUUCAGGAGAUACAGCAAUUGCUGGGGGAAGAGGACCAUAUCCAGAUUCUCAGAAGAUAUCCAGAAGUGGAGAAAAUUUACAGAAUAAAGGGACCCACCCCCAUUCCAGUGAAGGCUGGUCCUAUUGUCAAUGUAGGGAAGGCCAUUGGAUCUCUGCAAUACAGAGUCUGGAAGAAGAUGUUGACAGUGAUUACCACAGCUCCAGUGACCUUAGACCCUUGUACAGCUCAUCCUUACCUCCUCCUGUCUGAAGAGUUCACAAGUGUGAGGCACACCACGAAAAGACAGCAGUCACUCUCGGACUCCCCAGAGAGAUUCGAUCCUUGCCUGUGCAUCCUGGGACGUGAGGGAUUCACAUCUGGGAAACACCACUGGGAGGUGAUGGUGGGACAAAAGACUGAAUGGGAUUUGGGUGUGGUCAGAGAGUCUAUCAACAGGAAGGAAGCCAUUGAUCUGAAUCCAGACACAGGAGGCUGGAUAAUCGCGUUGAGAAAUGGAUACCAGUACAGAGCUGCUACCAAGACGUGGAAACAUUUAGAUCUGAGGGAGAAGCCGACGAAGAUCCGAGUCUCUCUGGAUUAUGAGGGAGGGAAGGUGACCUUUUAUAACGCAGAGAGCAAGACCCAUAUCUACACUUUCACUGCAACUUUCACUGAGAAACUCUAUCCCUUCUUCAGUCCUGGUCACAACGACGGGGGUAGAAAUGCCGAACCGCUAAAAAUCUGUCCUCGGACAAUAAUAAUCCAGGAGGAAUAGAAUUUUUGUUUGAAUCAAAGGGAAAUUCUGCAGAUUGUGGAAAUCAGAAAUAAAAGCAGAAACUGCAGUGGACCAGGCAGCAUCUGUGGAGAGAGGGAUGACAUUAAUCUUUCAGAAACUGCAGUCAUUUGACAACUUUACUCUUUAAUGACAGCUUCCUUUUUCUCUUGCCAUGUACACUUCCUGCACUUCUAUCUUUUGUUUCUGUGCCUGUCCUGUUUCUAUCCCACUUAGACUGGGCCCAUCAUUGUUUCCACUAUCUCCUGUCUCCCAUCCUAUCACAGUGCCUGAAAUAACUCCAGAGAGGCCUGUAUCCUGUUACCAAGUCACCCUGUAUUUACCGUGGAGAGUCUGUGACACUGCUCCAGCUCCCUCAGGGCCAGGUCCCAGAGUGUACAGAAUCUCUGACAUUCCUAUUUAUUAUCUGUCAGCCAGGGGUCCCUGAUUGUACCAGAUUAACAACCCCAAACAGGGAACUCAUAUUUUUUGAGGUCCACCGAGCAGACCUUGUUACAAUCUCUACGUUAUCCCCUUCUAUGUGUCCCUCCCUCCGUACCUAUCUAAAGCAUGCUACCCUCUAACAUCUUCUAGCAUUGAUGAAGAGCUAAGCCUGUUUCCCUCUCUCUGCAGAUGCUGAGUAUUUCCAGCAUUUGAUGUUUUUAUUUUAGGAUCAUUUAUUUUUAAAGUUGAUCAAGGCUGAUGAAGGGAUAGCUAUAUGCACUUUUUCAGGAUCUUUCUAUAAGUAUCUGAGUGAUCCUUCUUAUCUCCUGCAAAUUCCAGAAUUUAGGAAACUAACGUAUAAGCAAUCAUUUGUUUUUAAUAUUGUGAUAAAGGAAUAUAUGUUAGAGAACAUUGUGUAAAAUAAUUCUAACGGGUUUAUAUUAAUAUCUGGACAUCUAUUAGUUCUCAAAGAAUGACACAGCACAGAAGAAUCUCCCAUACUUAUUGUCUUUUCUAGUUCUUUAGAAGACCAUUAUAUUAGUUGACUCUCCUGGCCUUUUCCCUUAUAGUCCUGAAAAUGUUUCCCCUUCAAGUAAUAACCCAGUUAUUUUUUUGAAAAUUAGACUUACAGUUUUUAACCUUGACUGUGGCUGUGUGCCUCCAGCCAAUGUCACCUUGCUGAAUAAUUUUACCGAUGAGAGGCUCCAAGACAUUUUCAGAGUUUCUUCCUUAUUUGUCUAUGCAAUGUGGGACAUUGAGAAUUUGCAGCAUCUCUAAACGCACUUGAAUAUGAUUUUCAGAAACCUGGCAUUCGCAUGCUAUUUUUUGGGGGGUGUGGGUGAGAGGUGGCUAAAAGAGGGAGCAGUUAUUCUGUACAACAGAAGCUGUUCAAAACCUGUGUCCUUGUUUGAAGUUAUGUCAGGGCAGAAAUUGGUACUGAAUAUCCCAACCUCACCAAUAAUACAGAAAUUGUAACAAGCAAAAGCCACAAAGAGUUGAGUGACGGGAGUAAUUUUAACCAAGCUCUCUAGGCAGGGACUUCACAGUUUUGGAUAGAAUCCUGGUUGAGUUCAAUUUGGAAGGAGUAUUCGAUUCGGACUGUUUUACCCAAUCUCUUAUGAUUCUUGACUGGCAAAUCAGAUCAAAAUUAACUCCUCACGGAAUUUACACACUGAAUAAGUGUAUAUUGAAAGAAAGAUAUCUUUAUUCAACGUUUGUGAAGAAAAUUAUCUCCCAGUUCUUUUGUGUGUUUAAUGUGUAGGAGUGGGUUUGCUCAUUUCUCCACAAAGAUUGGACCAUCCUUCAGUCAGUUCAGGAGGAUAAAGUCAAUGGGUUUGCAAGCAAUGAAAGUAGCUGUACUCCUGUCACCAGGAAGAGGAGUCUUACUGUGCCUUUUACUGUUCUUAAAACAAAAUAAAGGAAAAUGCAAGGAAGAAAAUCCUUUAAUCAGC